CUUCCCCAACACAUUCCUACACCCACCUCACCUUUUGACACUGCCCCUAAUUGGAAAGCCUUUUGGUCACUUCAAAUCACACAUCGCUCCCGCAACAUCUGGUUUCGCUUCCUACACAAAAACAUCAACACUCGCUUCUACCUACACCAAAAAUUACCGAAGCUCAUCACUAGCCCUCAAUGUAUUCACUGUCCUUACUUCCGUCUCAACACCAUUGACACACUUGACCAUUUCAACUUUCUUUGUCCAGUCAAAUACAAAAUCUGGUGUCACAUCCUCUCCGCUCCUUCAAUUCACCUCUUACGACAACUCCUCAAUCUUCGUACCACCAUCAGUCGCUCCAGUUAUUCUGCAUUCCCAGCCCUAUGCACACAACAAAUCUGCGCUAGCACAUUGGGAGGUCUAUGGUACAGCCAUUGGCGUUUGGUUUUUGAUUCCACACCCUUC